AUGUCUUUCAGUCCUACGCCCUUUGCGCCUGGCGCGGACCCUCUCAUCCAUGAUGUGUCAGGGUCCGUCUGGGUGCCGUACUUCGAACACGAUUGCAGCUUCAAUCCCGAGAUCUUUGACCAGGUGAUGAUGAACCUCGUGAGGAACCCUAACCUCAACACGGCAUGGCUUUUCCGCGCAGACAUUCUGUACGAUUCUCAUUCUGGCGUGGCGGCCGAUGCUGUGGUUGAAACACCGGUGCCACGGAUCGCCGAAUUUAUGGACUUUGAGGUCGAGAGAACCUUGGUUCGGAGGAUGAUGCCUAGGAAUACACGCAGGGACAGCCCGCUUGACCAGACUUGCGUCUUCCUUAGACAUCGCGAACCGAGCCAGCCUCAAAAGACUCGUUCCCUGGUCGUCUACCUGCCUCACGAGUCAUCUGUCGAACGCAUGCCCUUCUAUCACCCAAAGGUCCGCGGCGUGGCCCACAUGCACGAAUGGCAUGCCGACACCAACCAAGGACGGAUUUCCCUCCACUACUGGCUUUUCGAGGAUGUUGAGGUAGAUGGCGAGAAGCUGGAAAGGACGGCACUCAUGCUCCUCUCCAUCCUACACAAGCAUGGUCAGGGCCAGGAAGCCGGGUACACCAAGCGCGUACAUCACGACGUGGUCGUCCCGCAGGCCAGGUUCCAGGAUAGGUACCUCGCUCUCAAGCUCAAGUACGCCAAGGACCUGGUGGACACGUGGGCCGAGUCGACGGACCCCCAAAAACACGUCUUUGAAGAUCUCGGCAUCGCUGCUUUCCUCAUCGAACUCUGGUCUGACAUGUACAAGGAGUCUGGUUUCCCCGGGUUCGUUGACAUCGGCUGCGGCAACGGUCUGCUGGUCCAUAUCCUGCUCCGAGAAGGGUACCCCGGAUGGGGCUUUGACGCCAGAGCGCGAAAGUCCUGGGAGGCCUACGGGAAGGAACUCUCGCCGGAUCAGCCUGAGCCGUUGAAAAGGCUCGUCCUUUUGCCUACGCUCGCGUCGCCGGAACGCCUUGCAUCCGCAAGCCGAGACGACGGCGCGCCGGAGGAGAUGGACAUGGACCCCACGCUUUUCCACGACGGGUGUUUCCCGAAAGGCACCUUCAUCAUCUCCAACCACGCCGAUGAGCUCACGCCGUGGACGCCCAUACUGGCCACGCUGUCCGAAUCCCCCUUCAUCAUGAUCCCCUGUUGCAGUCACAACCUGGGCGGUGCCAAGUAUAGAGCGCCGCCGCCGAGGGACAAGACCAAGGCCAAGUCGGCCUACUCGUCCCUCGUGGACUGGGUGGCACAGAUUGCCGAGGACUGCGGUUGGAAGGUCGAGACGGAAAUGCUCAGGAUCCCGAGCACGAGGAACUGUGCGCUGUUGGGGCGGACGCGAACCACCCCCGCUGCUAGCGUCGAUGCACGGCAUAUCGUUGAAAAGUACGGCGGCACUCAGAAUUACUUCGAGAACGCAAUCCGGCUUACAAAGGCCGAGAAAGGCCAUUGA